AGGGAAAGCAUUUUGACGCUCUUCGAGCGUGUCCCCAUUAUUUCUAUUCAGCCUCUCGCGGAGUGAACGCCAGUCUGUUACUGUUUUUCUCCUUGGUCGGACGUUAAACAAAUCCCUCUCUCCUUAGAUUUCUCCAUUUUUCAAUUUCCCCAAUCUUUCAUCUUUAAUGGUCAUCGCAGACAGAGUAGAGAGGGACGGCGAGGAUAUUCCAGAGAACUUUUGGGACCCUUCAGCAACAGCUCAUCUCUCCAGACAUUAGCUGUCUUGAUCGUUUCUAAUUCCUUCUCAAAGGGUGUUUUGAUUUCGACUCUGUGAUUAAAAAAGCACAGACGCUGUUGAGUUCCGAGUAAGUUUCAAAGAUCCCAAAUUUCCCGUUUUGCUUUCGUUCAUUAAUAAAUUUCAGUUUUUCUGAUGAUGGGUUAUGGAAGAUUUGGAUUUUCCAUAUGGGUUUUAUCGAUUCUAUGUUUCGCAUGCUUUUCUACUGGAUUUACUCCUGUUGAUAAUUACCUCAUAGACUGUGGAUCAUCCACCAACACUUCAGCAGGCAACCGAGUUUUCGUGGCCGAUGCCUCGGCUUCAAGUUUACUUUCCACCCCGCAAAAUAUUCUUGCGAAUGCCUCUUCGAAAUCAGAUUUGCCUCUUUAUCGAACUGCUAGGAUCUUUACCCAGACCUCAAAAUACACCUUUACAAUCAAACAGAGUGGGAGACACUGGAUCCGCCUUUACUUCUUCCCGUUUGUUUAUGAUAAUUAUGAUAUGAACACGGCGAAUUUCUCCGUUUCCGCACAGGAUCAUGCGCUCCUUAGCUAUUUCAGUGUGAAGAACAUUUCUGUUGUUAAAGAAUUCUCUGCAAAUAUUACCUCGAGUACUCUUGUUAUAACCUUCGUCCCAUCCAACAAUUCAUUUGCCUUCUUGAACGGCUUGGAAGUUGUUUCAGUCCCGGACGAACUCAUUACCGAGGACGCCAAUAGCGCUGAUUCGGCAAAGAAAUUUGAAGGCCUGUCUACGCAGGUUUAUGAGACUGUUGCAAGGGUAAAUAUGGGUGGACCAACGGUCUCCCCUCAGAAUGACACCCUCUGGCGAACCUGGGUUCCAGAUUGGAAGUUCUUAGUUCAAGUGAAUUUGGCCAGUAAUGUAUCGAAUCUUGGAGCUGUUACUUAUAUAAACGGUGGUCCAACGCCAAAUAUUGCUCCAGUCUCCGUCUAUGGUACUGCCACACAGAUGAACUCUUCAGAUAAUCCCAACUCCAAGUUCAAUGUGACAUGGAAGUUUGAUGUGGAACAAGGAUUUCACUACCUUGUCCGGUUUCACUUUUGUGAUAUUGUGAGUCUAGGUCUUAACGUGCUUUAUUUCAAUGUUUAUCUCAACUCCUGGAUCAUUGCUCAAGAUCUUGACCUGAGUUCUUUGACAAACAACAAUUUAGGUGCUCCAUAUUAUUUGGAUAUUGUUACUCCAUUAGCUGAUAGGAAUACGCUUAAUGUGAGCAUUGGCCCAUCCAGCUUAGCUGUUGAUUACCCCAAUGCCAUUUUAAACGGGCUUGAGAUUAUGAAAAUGAACAAUUCUAUGGGCAGUCUCAGUGGGGCUUCGGUGAUGGUUCCAAGCUCAAGUUCAAGUAAAAAUGUGGGAAUGAUAGUGGGUGUGAGCAUCGGGGUGUUCGUUGCAGUUGUAUUGGCUGGAAUCUUGUUCAUGAUGUGCAGAAAAAGAAAACUGGUAUUUGUGGGUCAUUCAAAGACAUGGGUUGCUUUGUCUCUGAAUGGAGAUACUUCCCACACUAUGGGAAGCAAAUACUCUUACGGAACAACUGCUAGUGCUGGUUCUAACUUUGGGUAUCGCUUUGGUUUUGCAGCAGUUCAAGAGGCCACAAACAACUUUGAUGAGAGUUGGGUUAUUGGCAUUGGUGGCUUUGGGAAAGUUUACAAAGGAGUUUUAGGUGAUGGUACAAAAGCAGCUGUUAAGAGGGGGAAUCCUCGCUCUCAACAAGGUCUUGCUGAGUUCCGUACUGAAAUUGAAAUGCUGUCUCAAUUUCGUCAUCGUCAUCUGGUGUCAUUGAUUGGUUACUGUGAUGAGAAGAAUGAGAUGAUUUUAAUUUAUGAGUAUAUGGAAAAAGGGACCCUCAAAAGUCAUCUCUACGGCUCAGGUCUUCCUGCCUUGAGUUGGAAAGAGAGGCUUGAGAUCUGUAUUGGGUCAGCCAGAGGACUUCACUAUCUCCACACUGGCUAUGCAAAAGCAGUGAUUCAUCGUGAUGUAAAGUCUGCAAACAUCUUGCUUGAUGAGAACCUCAUGGCCAAAGUUGCUGAUUUUGGGCUUUCCAAAACAGGACCUGAGAUUGAUCAGACACAUGUGAGUACAGCAGUGAAAGGGAGUUUUGGGUACCUUGAUCCUGAAUAUUUCAGAAGGCAACAGCUGACAGAGAAAUCUGAUGUGUACUCAUUUGGGGUGGUUUUGUUCGAAGUUCUUUGUGCAAGGCCUGUUAUAGAUCCAUCCCUUCCAAGGGAAAUGGUGAACUUAGCUGAGUGGGCAAUGAAAUGGCAAAUGAAAGGGCAGUUGGAGCAAAUAAUAGAUACUAAUCUUGCUGGAAAAAUUAGACCAGAUUCUCUUAGAAAGUUUGGAGAAACAGCUGAGAAAUGCUUGGCUGAGUUUGGUGUGGACAGGCCGUCAAUGGGAGAUGUCUUGUGGAACCUGGAGUAUGCACUUCAACUUCAAGAGGCAGUUAUUCAAGGGGAUCCUGAAGAAAACAGUACCAAUCUGAUUGGCGAGCUCUCUCCUCAAGUAAACAAUUUCAGUCAUAUCGACACUAGUGUUUCUGGUGGACAGUUUGAAGAGUCUGGUGUGGCUGAUCUUUCUGGUGCUUCAAUGAGUAGGGUUUUCUCUCAGCUAGUUAAGUCUGAGGGUAGGUGAUCAUUUGCUGAUGGUGUGUUCUGUUGCUCAAACUCCUCUUUGCUUAAUACAUAGUUGAUUUGCCUGCUUAUCAAUGACUACUCACCACAGCAAGGUACAUAGGGGUGUUUAUUUUUUAAAAUAAUAAAAAAAAAUGCUGGAAUUGCUAAUGUAUCCAGUGGUUUGAUGCAAGCACUUCCCUCUACCGUGAUGUGGCUUGAUUUUUUAUGUCUUUGGAUGAACUGAAGAGAGACUGCAUGCAUAUUUUGUGCCCAUUGACCCCUUCAGGGAGGUCCCCAAAUGACUCUGUCAUCUCUGGAGUUUCUCUAUGAUGAUCAAACUGCAUGUAGCAUCUUGAGUUGUCUUUUGUACAGAAGGGCAGGCAGAUGUUCAAGUUAUUCAUCUCAGGCAUUCAUUUAGAUAUGGCAUCUCAAAAUUUCUUACAUAGCUUCUUACUGUAUGUUAUAUUAUAGAAAUUUUUAUGCGGCUGGUUUUUAAUGACUCUUCCUACA